AUGAUAAUGAUGCUGUCAAAUGCAGAUGGUAAAGGGGUUGAAUUAUUUUCUGCCGGAGGGAGUCUGUACUUUACGCGAUUUAAUUGAUUGCAGUUUUCAGAAUGUCUGUGGAAAGUAUACCUCGUGAUUUGCGUAAUUUACGAGCUUGCUUACUAUGUUCAAUGAUAAAGAGUGUUGAGCAAUUUGAAUUGGAUGGUUGUGAUAAUUGUGAAAGAUAUUUGGGGAUGAAAGGUGACGAAGAGAAAGUUAGUGAAUGUACCAGUUCAAAUUUUGAUGGAAUGAUAGCUGCGACGGUACCGGAAGAGUCGUGGGUAUGCAAAUGGCAAAAAAUCAACCGCAAAGUAAAAGGGAUUUACGCAGUUUCGGUGUCCGGUACUUUACCAUCUCAUAUUGUUCAAGAAUUAAAGGCACAAAAUAUCCGUUACAAACCUAACAUGCGCGAUAUGACUCAAAACAGUUAACUAGUGAUUUCAUACCUUCUGUACAUACAUUUGUUCGUGUAUAUUUUUCUGUUUAUAAUAAAUUUAUCGCCA